CUUUCUAGAUACUUCCGACGAGGAUGUGCAAAGGGAGAGAAGACGACCAAGAACAACGACGGCCACGACAGCGGAGGGGGCGGCAGAAAGGAGGUUUCAGGUGGUCCGAGACGGCGGCGAAAGAGGAAGUUUCCGGUCGAACCUCGGUGGCAUGCGAGCUCUGCGAUUCGGAGGCGGCGUUGUACUGCCAAGCCGACGGCGCGUAUCUGUGCCGGAAAUGCGACCAGCUGGUGCACGGAGCCAAUUUCCUGGCCCGGAGGCACGUCAGAUGCUUCCUUUGCAGCUCGUGCCAAGGCCUCACGCGCCGGUGCCUCGUCGGAGCUUCGUCUAGGGUUUUGAUUCCGGCGGCGAUGAUCCGGAAUUCAAAUCCGAUGAAAAGGAAGUGUUCGACGACGCUGAGAAGGCCUAGGCCUUGUCUGUAUCUCUGAUUUUGGUCAGGAUUAGUCAAAUCGAUGAAGAGUUUGCGGUAUCUUAGGUUUCCGGAGAGUAGAAAGUUAAGAAGAAAAUGGUGAAUUUUAUCCCGGAGUUGAUAUAAUUUAGGUAUUUUUACAGAAAGUUUUAUUUGUUUAGUAUUAGUAUAUCGAGAGGAUGGGAUUUAUGGUUUAUUUUCUAAAGUUUUAUUUCAUGAGAGGUGGGAUUGUUUUAUAGGACAAAACAGAUUACAGGAGUUUGAAAUGUUAGAAUUAAAUUGUAAGAUAUGUAUGUGAAAAGACAAAUGAUAUUUGAUUCUAUAAU